UAGUUUAUCUGUAAUUUUUGUUUAUUUAUUUUUUUAUAUUUUUUAUAUGAAUGUUUAAAAAAAACUUUUCCUUUCUUUGGUAUAUUAAUAUAACCUAUAAUUAAAUAACGGAAAAUAGUUUUUGAUUUUCAGCUGUCAAUGUGAAUUGUAAACAAAAAAUGGCGAUGUGGCACUUGACAUCUGUACGCACGGUAAUCGUGGCAAUGUUUUAAACGCUCUCUAACCUCCAAAAGUUUCGCAGUCAGUAAAAAUACUUAUUCUUAUUAUUAAAGUAAAGAAAAAUGUAUUCAUGUAAUUAACUAUAUUUGUUCUUAAUAGAGAAAAUAGUCGUUUUAAGAAAAAUUCAUUUUGUUAUGAAUGUGCGUGAGUGUUAAAGAUGAGGAUAUUAUUAACGUCUUUUGGUGUCCUAAUAUUUUUAAACGUAUGGACUAUUUCAUCGGCAUGGAACAACGACGACCUGGAGGUCUUCGACGUUGUCGAGGAAGUCAAUCAAAAUUUUUACGAACUUAUGGGCAUACCGCAGAAUGCAAAUUCGUCGGAUAUUAAGAAAGCUUUCAGAAGAUUGUCAUUGCAAUUGCAUCCAGACAAAAAUUCUGCGGAAGAUGCGGAAAUAAAAUUUAGAAAUUUAGUCUCAGUUUAUGAUGUGUUGAGAGAUCCAGGUAAACGAGAGCGUUACGAUGAUGUUCUUAUUAAUGGAUUGCCAAAUUGGCGAUCCGCUGUCUAUUAUUAUCGUCAUGUACGAAAAAUGGGAUUACUCGAAAUGUCUAUAAUUUUAUUUAUCGUUAUAACAAUUGGCCAGUAUCUUGUGGCUUGGGCUGCUUAUUUUGAAAAAAGAUACACCUACGAACAAGUACUUGGCAGUAAAUUGCAAAAAAUGCAAAAAAAGAAUCGAAAAGGCAAAAUGGAUGUUCCCGAUCUUGCGGAAAUUUUAGAAAAAAUUCCAACACCAAGUAUGUGGAAUACACUUCCAUUUCAAUUACCAAAGUGGACUUAUGCUUCCAUUGUUGGUAUUCCAUCUACAAUUAGUAGUAUUUAUAUGUUAUUUGAAGAAAUGAAACGUCGGCGAAAAGAAGAGGAAGAAUUAUUAGCUCAAGAAAAUGAAGAACCGGAACCUGAACCAGUACCACGUGGUCCAAGAAGAAGAAGAGCCGUUUUUACACCUCAGGAGCGCAAUGAUAGUAUUAAUAAAAAAGAAGAGAAUAAAUCUGACAACAAUACGACAACAAAUCAUAUUCAUGAAAAACCAAAAACAACAGGUGGUUUAUGGACAGAUGAUGAUAUAUUAGAAUUAAUUAAACUUGUAAAAAAAUAUCCCGGCGGUACAACUAAUCGAUGGGAAAAAAUUGCAGAAAUGAUGAAUCGUUCAGUUCAUGAAGUCACAUAUAUGGCGAAAAAGGUAAAAGAUGAGGGAUUGAAACCCAGUCAAACAACAGAUGAAACUCCAUUAGAGGAGGAAACAAAAAAAGUUAAAACUCGCGUGGAAAGUACGGAAAAUCUUUCAGAAUGGACACAAGAGCAACAAAAAGCUUUAGAGGCUGCUUUGAUAAAAUAUCCAAAAAGUGGUGCAUCUGAUAGAUGGGAAAAAAUAGCCAGUUGUAUCCAAGGAAAGACGAAGGAAGAAUGUCAAGCAAGGUAUCGGCAACUAGUGGAAAUUGUCAAGAAAAAAGUACACACUCAAUAGAAGAUGGGACCCAAUAGAAAAAAUUAUCCUAUUUAUAUUCAGUAUGUUACCAAUUUUUUUUCUUUUUUUUACAAGCGUUAUAUUAUUUUUUUAAGCAUCUUCGUUUUUCUUUUUUUUUUUGUUAUUUACGUGUGUUUGAAAUUGAAUUUUCCAAAGAAGAGUUUUCUUCAUGGACAAACUAGUUCUCUUUUUUUUUGUAAUGUAGAAAUUUUAUUGCCUAAGAAAGGAAAUAUUAGUUUUAAUAUUAAAAUUUUAAGAUUUUACAAACAGGUUUUUUUUAUUUAUUAUAUUAUUUGUUAUCUUUAACGUACAGAUAUCAAUUCUAUUGAAUUGCAACUUAAAAUAGAGUUUAAAAUAAAUACAGGUUAAAAAAAUUUUUUUAUUUAGAAAAAUGUCAACAGGGAUGUAUUUAUUUAAUAAAUUUUAAAUAACAAAGAGGAAAAAAGACUGAAGAGGUAUGGCCUCUUAUUUUCAAAAAUCAAUUGUCCCAUAUAAAUCCAUAAAUUUUUUAAUAUUUCAUUAAUUGAAAAAUAACUAUGAAAGUAUAUUUAAAAAUUAUGUUAAAAUUUCCUCAUAAAGUUUGCUAAAUAAUUACGAUCGCUGUUUUUUUUUUAAAUAUUUUAGAAUUAGUAUUGUUUUAUUUACGAAUGUUUGCAUUUAUUUAUUUUCACGUAAUUUUUUUUGUCUUUUAUCAAAGCGCAAUAGUAUAAAAAAAAUUUAACUUUUUGACACAAAUGUAAAUAAUUAUUAAACGCCUCUUUUGUAAAUACAUAAUAUCAGUUAUGAA